AUGUCGGACUUUACCCUCACUCCACAAGGGUCCGGAACUAAUUGGACGUUAAAACUUGUUCUCGGAAUUGUAUCAGCAUUUAUGACGAUUACGUUGGUACUCAUAGUAUAUUGCAUUAGCAAAUUCUCACCAAGCAAUUGUGUUGCAUUAUUUAAGCAUCAAACUGAGGACGAAAAAAGUGUUGAGGCCUUUGUCAUACAAUAUGGAUCCUUAAGUACGAAAAGAUACACUUAUGCUGAUAUUAAGAAGAUGACAAAUUCAUUUAGAGUCAAAUUAGGACAAGGAGGUUUUGGUACCGUGUUUAAAGGAAAGCUAUCGGAUGGACGUCUUGUGGCAGUAAAAGUUUUAAACUCAUCGAAAGCAAGUGGACAAGAAUUUAUAAACGAAGUUGCAAGCAUUGGUAGAACUUCUCAUAUUAAUAUAGUUACUCUUUUGGGAUUUUGUUUUGACUCUAAAAAAAGAGCUCUCGUAUAUGAGUUCAUGCCAAACGGAUCAUUAGAAAAGUUUAUACAUGGUCAUGUUCCUCUAAACACAAGAGAGCAUAUAGGAGUACAAAAGUUGUUUGAUGUAGCCCUUGGAAUAGCACGAGGUCUUGACUACUUGCAUCGUGGCUGCAACACUCGAAUUUUGCAUCUUGAUAUAAAGCCACAUAAUAUCCUCCUUGACGAAGAUUUUUGCCCUAAGAUAGCAGAUUUUGGGCUUGCAAAAUUAUACUCUAGGAAAGAGAGUAUUGUUUCCAUGAUUGAGGCUAGAGGCACCAUUGGGUAUAUUGCCCCUGAAGUUUUUAAUAGAAGCUUUGGAGGAGUCUCCCACAAGUCUGAUGUUUAUAGUUAUGGGAUGUUGAUACUAGAAAUGGUUGGAGGAAGGAAAAAUGUUGAUGUUGGUGUUGGUUCUGGGCAUACGAGUGAGAUAUAUUUUCCUUAUUGGAUUUACAACCGCCUAAAGAAGGAAGAAUUCGUAUUAGAUGGUAUAAUAAGUGUAGAGGAAAAUGAUUAUGCUAGAAAGAUGACAAUAGUUGGUUUAUGGUGUAUACAAACUGAUCCAAAGCAAAGGCCGUCGAUUAAUGAAGUGAUUGAAAUGUUAGAAGGAAGCUUGCAGGCAUUGGCAAUUCCACCAAAACCGUUCUUUUCUUCUCCUCCACGAUCAACACCCACUGCAUUUAGCACAUCGCAAGAAGUGAGCGGUGAGUACUGUAUUUCACAAAUGACAUGAUAUUAACACAAUCAAACUGUAUUUUUAUGUGAUAGCUCCACAUUUUCUAGAGGGAAAGUGAUGUAAAAUUUAUAAUUUUCUAACAAUUGGAG